AUGGAGCGGUUUUCAUCGCUUGAUUCCUCCUCCCCUCCAUUGCGCGAGUCGCCAUCUUCCUCGACUUCAUCAACAAAUCAUGCCAUGUCAAUGCAAAACUUGCUGAUCAAUGACAACGAAGAGCCAGCACUAUUACCACCACUGGGCAAAAUAGUACUGCCGCUACCAAAUCCUUCAUCUUCUCCAUCUUUAUCUGCCACGCCUCAAGCAAUUGAACCAUCAGUUGGUCAAUAUUACUAUACAGCGUCAUCAUCGGAGCCUCCAAUAUGCAAUUUACCUGCUAUUAGACCACCCUCAUCCUCACCACCACAUUACGCUCAUUACCAUCAACAUCACCAAAAAAGCUCAUCACAAAAGUAA